UGGCAGCUGGUGCGUCAGGAGGAGCCAGACUGAGAGAGAUGCCAUAACAGCAUCAGAGACCGAGCCGAGCCCAGACCCGAACCGCCUCCCGAGUCCGGCUCCGCGGGACUCCCCUCAUGCCCUGCCCGCCCCGCCGCGCCACAGCCCGGCUGCACACGCACGGAGAGCGGCGGCGUCUGGAGCCGAGGAUGCACUGCGGUUUCCCAGCAGGUCUGUGAAGAUGAGCGUGACAUCAUGGUUCCUGGUGAGCAGCUCGGGCACUCGGCACCGUCUCCCCCGAGAGAUGAUCUUUGUGGGCCGAGAGGACUGCGAGCUGAUGCUGCAGUCACGCAGCGUGGACAAACAGCACGCUGUCAUCAACUACAACCCAACAACCGACGAGCACCUGGUGAAGGACCUGGGCAGCCUGAACGGGACGUUUGUGAACGACCUGCGGAUCCCUGAUCAGACCUACAUCACCCUCAAACUGUCCGACAUCGUCCGCUUCGGAUACGAUUCUCACGUCUACGUUCUGGAGAAAAGUCAGCACAAAGUCCCUGAGGAGGCUCUGAAGCACGAGAAGUACAGCAGCCAGCUGCAGAUGAGUCUGAAGGCCGCGGAGGGGAAGAAGAGUGAUGAAGAGGAGCGGCAGAGAGGCGACAAAAUGCCGAGUACCAAGAGUCUGACACAAGAGGCUCCGGUGAGUCGGCCCACCCCGCUGUACGGUCAGCCAUCAUGGUGGGGAGAAGAGGAUUAUGGGAGCAAAGUCCAGAGCAGUGAUCAGCCUCAUCUAGAUGUACAGAAAGAUGUUUUGUCUGUGGAUCCAGAUUUUUCCGGAUCUGUCUCAGACUCCCAAUCAAAGACGGUCUUUCCUUCAUACCACCGUGAACCCAGCUACUUUGAGAUUCCCACCAAGGACUUCCAACACCAGAAAACAUCUGGGGCGGAGCUUCACGAAAUCCCCACCAAGGAUACAGACAUACCCCAGGCUCCGCCUUCCCCUCCCACCCCAACCCCGCCCAUCGUCCAGAGCCAUGCCUCCUUCACCAUUGAGUUUGAUGACUGCAUGCCUGGCAAAAUCAAGAUCAAAGACCACGUCACCAAGUUCUCCACUCGGCAGAGGAAGCUGCAGGCUCCACCCACUAAAACCACCAUCACUGCAGCUCCUGCAGAGAUGAUGUCAGCGCAGAGCAAAGUGGCUGAUUGGCUGGUUCAUAGUGAUGUCAGCAUGAUAAGGAAGCAUGCACCUUGUGAGGAUGUCUACAGCACAAAGAGUGACCUUGCUAUGAACAUCAAGACACUCAAAGGUCACCAUCAUGAGGAUGGAACCCAAAGUGACUCAGAAGACCCAGUACUUAACGGCAGAAGCAAAUCCCACCACUCUGUCCAAUCAGAGCUGUCUGAGACAUCCCAGCAGACGGUCCAAUCAGCUCAAGAGCCUGCUCCAGUGCAGAAGCUCCACCAUGUGCUGCAAUACUCUCCACCCAGACAAGCUCCAGCCUCACCUGUGGCCCCUGACUGGCCCCUGUCACAGAGCCCUCCUCAGUCCCGAUCUCCCACAGAAACACCCAAACAGGGCCCCCCUGAGCACCUCACCCAGCAGGCCUUCAUCAUUGAGUUUUUUGAUGACAACCCACGUAAAAAGAGGUCGCAGUCCUUUACGCACAACCCUGCCCACGCUGACUCUUACUCCGCCCUCAAGUCCAAGUUGGAGCGACGUAAAGGAGGCGAGAGGCCAGCAUCUGUGCAUGGACACAUUCCUCCCACCCAGCAGGUGACUGUUCCCUUAAAGGGUCAGGGCCACAGCGGGCCCCAAAGAUCCAGCUCUCUUAAAAGAGAGAAGACAGAGGGUGAAGGGACUUCACUGAGUUCCUCCUCUCGCUCCUCAUCAGGAAUUAUUGUUAGACCUUUUGGUAGUGUUGGUAAAAAGUCAAAACUCACCCAAGAGUUUGCUGCUGAGUUCCUGAAGGACUCUGGUCAAAAGGAGUCCUCCCCAACCAGGGAAAAAACAUCACCUACCCCUAUGUCUGCACCGCCCGUGAUGGUGUCACCUCCUCAUGCACAGUUUCCCUCCCCACCAGAACCUCCAACACCUGCUUCAGUCUCCUAUCCCUCAUCACCCUUACAGCCUCAAGCAACAUCAAAAUCCUCCUUACCACCAAGUGCUUCUGGCCAAAUGGCCCCUCUGGUUCAUCUGUGUGGGACCCCAGUGUCCCCUAUGUUGUCCCUGAGUGUUCGUGGAGGGGACCUAAAAAGUUCCCAGAGGAUGAUGAAGAAUGAGGAGGACGAUAGUCAGAGUGAUGCUGGAACGUACACUAUUGAGACAGAGUCGCAAGACAAAGAGGUGGAAGAGGCCCGCAGCAUGAUUGAUCAGGUGUUUGGUGUUCUCGACUCUCCCGAGUACAGUGAUGCGACCACAGGAGUCUAUAGACCAGUUGUAAAUGAAGGCAAAGAUGAGCAAGCUGUCCUGCCCAGUGAUGGUAGCAUUGUGGACCCGUUGCAUGGCUUUAUCCCAGUUGCUCUCAGUGGUGCCCCAACAGGUCCUAUACAGGUUCCGGCUGCAGGUCUUGAGGGACCCAAGUGGGUUUCCCGAUGGGCCAGCCUAGCAGACAGCUAUGCUGAACCUGGUUCCACUCCACCUCAAGGGGAAUGUAUUGAAGAUUUACAUUUCAUGAGCCGUUCAACGGGAAGUUUCAGCUAUGACACCUCUGAGUCGGAGACAAGCCACAGCUCCAGAACAAGACGGUUGCUGCCUCAAGUGCCUCCAGAGAAACUGGAAAGUAUUCCACCAAGCAUUCUGAUUCGACAUGAAUCUUACCCAGGCCAGGAAUCUUUGAACAGAAUUUCUGGUCAUCCUUGCCCACAGGACACCACCCAUCACUUAGCUGUUCAGGAUGAUUUAGACCCUGACAGCCUGAGUGAUGCUAGUCGCUCCGAAGAAGCACCAGUUCUGGAAAAAGGAAGGAAUGAUACCAGGACUGGAGGUAUAUCUCCAGGUGUUGUUGGUCAUCCCUUUAAAAUUCAGGAAAGAGUUUCUCCAACCAACAAAUCCACCUCUUUCUACAUUGGUGCUGAAGAUUACCCAGGCAAGCCUGACCAAGCCCGGAGCCCUGUCCAGUCUGAGAGGACUCGAAACCUUCCUGCUAAACCUCCUCCUACCACAGUCCUAAUCCAACACUUAAGUGGACAUGAACCCAAGAGAACAGGGGUCAAACCCAACAGUUCUGCUCCAAACCUCCAAACACAGGACAGGGAUUUUGUUCCCACUAAAGAUAGCUGCAUGUUAUCUAUUGUCCGGCAGGAGAGUUUCACCAAAGAUCGACCCAGUGACACCGUCCAGAUGAAAAAGCUUCCCCACAUCUCCAGCCACCCAUCCAUUAGAGACAUGGAGCAGAGGCGUGAGAAUAUCCAGGACACACAAUCCUUUCUUCAAGAGACAGAGGGAACUCUGUCCUCUCUGGAUACCAAGUUGCCCUCAUCUGGUUCUGGUCGCAGCUCAAAGAAGGGGGGCUCCUCUACCCACAUGGACGAUUCCCUUUCAGGUGAGUCAGAUGUAGAUACAGCUAGCACUGUUAGUCAAGUUAGUAGCAAAAAUGCUCCUAUCAGCUCCACCUCUAAGAAACGAUCCACCAUCAGUAGCCUUCAGAAGGAGAAAUCCUCUUCUAGCCCAUCCAUUCAAGAAAAGGGACGACAGCUUAGUGCUCGAGAAAGACUUUCUGAGAAACGGCGCAAUCAGACUUCAGCUGAUGCACCAAGCAAGGCAGAGGCAACAAAGCGCUUCCAGAUACGUCGCAGUACAGGCAACCGGGGCUCUCUGGAUUUGUCUGAAAGCCAACAAGUUUCUGGACCCAACUGGACUGAAACGAUAUCUUCUGAUCAGGAACUUUCCCGUCCAUCCAGCCGCACCAAGAAACUUAUUGCUCCUCUUCAGAAAGAAGACAAUGGAAAGACACCCAAGACAGCAACUCAGCAGGUUCUAACACGGUCCAACAGUCUGUCAGCACCACGACCGACCCGAGCAUCUAUGCUUCGACGAGCACGCCUGGGGGAGGCCUCAGAUAAUGAGGGUGCUGAGACUGAUCGGGCCUCUCAGAAUUCUGACCAGACUUCUGCACCUCCUAAAAUGUCUGCUGAAGGUAAGAAGCUGUCCAGACUGGACAUUUUAGCAAUGCCCAGGAAGAGAACUGGCUCCUUUACAGCUCCCAGUGACAACAACACCUCCUCAAGCCGGUCUGGCUUCUCCAAUCGCAAUCCUGAACCUCCUACUACGGCCAGGAAAACAUCAGUCGGUGACGCCCGCCAAGCAAACAGCAGAGGGGGCGGAGCUCCUGCGAAGCAACCACUGACCCGAACCCGAUCAAGUGGAGUGAAGUACACCAGCAGUGGGUCUCAUCGCAAACAGAAGGGCUCGGACUUCUCGUCUUCCUCUGAGGAUGAAUAUGAGAUGACUGCCGGUACCUCUAAAACCCAACGCCCCUCCUAUCCGUCGACCUCUGCACAGAAACCACGCAGCCAGCAAAUGGCCACCACCAGAACCAAGUCUGUCUCACUGGAAACAGAGGAGGUCGAGGACCAGAACGAUGUUGACCCAUACGAGAACUGGUCCACACACAGUGCGGAGAUCGCCAAGCUCAGUCAGGACCUGGCUAAGGACCUGGCCAUUCUGGCAAAGGAGAUCCAUGACGUUGCCGGUGAUGGAGAUUCGCCCAGUUCUGCAAUGGGAACCACCACCUCACCCAGCUCGCUGCCCAACACACCGGCCUCCACCAUGUCUGCCCGGGAGGAGGUGAUCCUGGACAACCUGAUGCUCAACCCGGUCUCCCAGCUGUCCCAGGCCAUCCGGGAGAACACGGAGCAGCUGGCAGAGAAGAUGAAGGUUCUGUUCCAGAACAAGGCAGACGUCUGGAAGGAGAUCGAGGCGAAGAUCAACGCUGAGAACGAAGUUCCCCUCCUGAAAACCUCCAACAAGGAAAUCACCUCCAUCCUGAAGGAGCUGAGACGAGUUCAGCGGCAGCUUGAGGUGAUCAACACCAUUGUGGAGCCUGGGGGGGGUCUUCAGGCUGCAGCCGCUGCCGGGACGUCGACUCUCAGCCAAACUCGACAAUCCUCCAAGGAGAAGAAACCCACCGCUAAACCCCGAACGUCCAACGCCAACGAAAGCACCAAGCGCCCGCCCCGUGGGCCCGAUGGGGCCCGCUACAUGUCCUGAGCAGGCCACCGUAGCACCGUUUGAACGGAAACCGAUCCUCCACUCUGCCGGCAGCUUCAGAUCAUCUCGGGCACUGGGGGGCGGAGCUUAAACUCAGAGAGGUUAGGAUCAGACACAUGUAGGUUAAUCAGAUUAACUUCUGCUCUGCUUCUAAUUCCUCAUAAAAACUGGAUUAUUUGUGUGAUCA